AUGAACAGCUCCCGAGAUCGCUGGGCUUCCCUUCAAUGGGUGGAAUCACAGUCUGUCGCAAAUGGCGCAGAUAAAGAGCAAUGUCUAUUAACUCUUGGGGACUUCGGGCGAGUUUUUAUCGGUGGUGAUAGCGCAGGAGCCCAUAUCGUUCCCAAUAUAGCCAUGAAAGCAGGCAAUGAAGUUUUGCCUGGUGGUGUUACGCUUUUAGGUGCUUUCCUAACCCACCCUUACUUAUGGGGUUCAAAGCCUAUAGGGUCAGAAUCUAGUGCAAAGCACACUGGUGGAAUUGACAACCCAAUGAUAAAUUCGUUGGGUCGAGAGGAGUUGAGCGUAGCGAGAUUUGGGUGUUCUCGUUUGCUAGUUAUUGUUGUUGGGUUGGAUGACUUAAAGGAAAGAGGUGUUGCACAUAGUAGUGCAAUCAAGGAUAGUGGGUGA